AUGGUAGUUGAUGCAUCAGCCAUCGUUCCAAAUGAGGAAUACGAUGAAGUCGACGAUUUUUUGUCAAAACAAGAUGGAAAGAUUGUAAGAACCGGUACGGGGCAAAUGUGCAGACAUCGCCCUCAACAGAAGUGCUCGCAUUGCCUUCCAAUUGACGUAUGUUUUAUCAUGGUUAAAAAUUUUUAAUCUAAGAAAUUUUAGCCUUAUGAUGAAGCUUAUCUGAAGGAUAAGGAGAUCAAACACAUGUCCUUCCAUGCUUACGUCCGAAAACUCACAGAUGUACAUGGUCGAGGUACUCACUUAAAACAGCCAUUGGAGAAUAUUGACUGUAAAUUGGACCUUACUUGUACUAAUCAUCGGCCCUAUCCUCAUGGAAUAUGCACGAAGUGCAGACCUUCAACUGUAUCCUUGAACAGACAGGUUUGAAUAUCCUUUCAUAUGUGAUUGCGGAUUUAGGUAUAUCGGCAUGUGGAUAACAUUACUAUUGAAAACGAAGAUGUUGUAAACAAAUUUCUAGACUUCUGGAGAGCUUCUAAUCAUCAGCGUGUUGGAUACCUGAUUGGAAGGUAUGAGCCAUUUGCAGAUGUUCCCUUAGGUAUCAAGGCAGUAGUAACAGCCAUCUAUGAGCCCCCUCAAUCUUCUUCGGAUUCUUUUGUGAAGUUUGAAGAGUCGGAUCCCAAUGAAUCUGUGGUGGAUAAACUCUGUUCCUUCCUCGGAAUGAAGAGACUCGGCUGGAUUUUCACGGAUUUAUGGUCAUCUGAUCCAACUGCGGGCACUGUUCAUUGCACCAGACACAAGGAGUCUUUUCUCUUGACUGCCAAAGAAUGUAUAACUGCCGGUGCUUUCCAAUCAAAGUACAAAAACAAAACUCCUUACUGCUCUGAUGGGACCUUUGGCUCAAAAUUUGUAACAUUGGUGGCAUCUGGAGACGAAAGCAAACAUAUAAACUUCAGUGGAUAUCAAGUCUCAAAUCAAUGUUCAGCACUUGUAGAAGCCGAUAUUUUAUGUCCAACUUCCCAUCCCGAGCUGGCUUGGGUUAGAGAGAAGCCUCUGCAUGAGAAACAUUACAUUACGGAUGUUCAGUAUACUGUAAGUAGCGUUUUUUUUUCUUAAUCUGUCUAUUCCAUUUCCAGGAGAAGAAUGAAUUUGGUGCUGAAGUGUUGAAGAACGGACGUCCGAUGCCUGUUGAGUAUCUACUGGUUGACGUUCCAGCUGGUAUGCCAAAGGAUCCGUGCACUUCCUUCCAUGUCACCAAUCCCGCCAAAGCUUUUCCGAUAGAGAACCGGGAGUUGAUUGGGAAGGCCCAAGACAUUCGAUCAGUUGCCAAUUAUGUGCUCGAUUUCUCCAACAACCAGUUCCUCGAACUGAUAUCUAACUUCCAUUUCCUCCUUUAUCUUCUUACCAAUGAAAUGCUCAAAUUUUCGGAGGAAGAGGUCAAGGAGCUUGCUCGGUUUGUAACUGAACACAGCAGAGAAGGUGCGGCUGACUGGGCCGAGAAAAGUCCAAAUUGGGCCACCUUCAUUGAGCUGAUGAAAUCACAUGGUAAGUUUUAGAUGGAUAAGAUAUAAUCGUUUUAGAAGGUCAAUCAGCUGACCUGUCAGCUCCCUCUCAAGCCUGGUCAUGCAAGCAUUGUACGUUCGAGAACACGGAGCCUCGUGAAGAAUGUGCCGUCUGUGGUCUUCCGAACGCAUAA